AUGGAGACAGUGUUUAGGUGGUCUGGAGACCAUCCAAAGUAUGAGGAACAUGUGCAAGUUGAAUUUGAUGGUAAUGAAGCAAACAAUGAAGAGGAACAUGUGCAUGUUGAAUAUGAUGGUAAUGAAGCGGACAAUGAAGAGGAACAUGUGGAAGUUGAAUUUGAUUGUAGUGAAUCUGAAAAUGAAGAAAAAGAGAAGGAUGAAGAGUUAAAGGACAGUGAUUAUGAAUACACUAAUGAUGAGAUGCCAAACAUUGAUCCUAGAAUGAUAGCAAAAAAAGGAGUAAAUGUUUCACCAAAUGUGGGUGAAGAGGAACCAAACAUUGAUCCUGAAAUGAUGCCUCCUAAUAAAGGUACAAGGGCUAUCUCAGAUGAUGGUGUAGACACUGAUGCAAUCUCUUCUGAAGGUGAAACUUCUGAGGAUGAACAAGAAAGUGGAGAAAACUCAAAGAAGUCAAAAAAGAGAAAGAAGAGAAAAUUACCAAACUUUAAACAAUUUAGAAGAGAGACUGACCUCAGAAAUCCUAAGUUUAGGUUAGGAAUGUAG